AAGAAAAUCAUAAAUUUUGAAUGACAGUGAAAGUUGUAAUUUUGUUAGGUUUAAUUAUAAUUGUUACUUGGUAAUUAGUGGUUAGAUGCACUUGCUAAUAGAUAUUUUGGGAAGAAGAAUGUAUAUUAGGUGGAUGCUUUUGGAAAAAUGAAAUUUGUAUUUAAAUAAAUUGUGAAAACAGAAUUAGUGAAUCAGAAUGCAAUUAAACCACAACAACUGAUGAUUGGAAUCCUAAUUGUAAAUGGGUUGAUUAAAAAUGUUAUGAUAUUGAUUCAUACAAGUGUGAUGAUACUUGUGAAAAUUCUUCAGUAUGUGAGGCUGAUGACACUGGUGCUUGUGAAAAAAAAUAUAUUUUAGAUAGAAAGCAUUGUUCAGAUUUUUCAACAAACAAUUGUAAUCAAUAGUUAAGUACUUAUGAAUUUUGUGAAAAACAUGAUCAUGCAUGUACUUCCGUAACAUUUGAAACAAAAUGUAUUGAAAUUCUUACAGAAAAAGCAUGCAAUGGAUUAGGUUGUUAUUGGGAUACUAAAAAUACUAAAUCAAAAUGUAACCCAAAGGAUUGUCUCUAUUUUGAUCAACCAAAUUGUCAAUGGACUAUAAAUGGAGAGAGAAAAUUCACAUUUUGUAAUUGGAAUGAGACAAGAGCAUUUUGUUAAGAAUCCAAUAAUACUACACCCUUUAUUAAUAUCUCUAGAUGCAGUUUAGAUUCAAAUUUUAUCUAUCAUUUCGAUAAUAGUACUGGAAUUCAAGAAUGUUAAGCAUGCGUUGAUCCAGCAGAAUUAUAUUCUCAAUUGUUUUAGAUUCUUUCAUUAACAAUCAUAACUCUUUAUUGA